GCCGAAGAAGGGACGGAUAAUGGAGGCUGCUUUGGCAAGGGACCCGGCACCCUGGACUUCGCGGACGGCACCCUGGACCUCGACACGUCCUCCUUCAGGCACCCGGACGCCACCUACGAAAUCCUGGUCAUGAUCGAGAAGGACACCCGCUUCGCCCUGGCCAAGGUGGAGGUGGAGGUUAUGAAGCAGCCGCCGCCUGUUAUCAAUAUCGUGUGUGCGGACGAGAAAAUGUGCCGACCGUCCUUCUCAGGCCUCUUGGUCAACCCUUCGUCGCGCGUGGCCCUGACGACCGUGUGCACUGAGGGCUGCCACGAGGAGAUGGUCUACUCGUGGACCAUCACCUCCACGUCGGGGGCGCCCGUGGUGGAGGAGAGGACGUGUCCGGACCCCGCCAGCGCCGCGCCUCCUCCCGGGGACGAUGCCGCAGCAGGGAGUGUGGAAGGAGAGGAACUGGCUCUGAUAGACGCACAAAACGAUACGUCUCAGAUCGACUCGGGGCAAACGGCGUCCCCAACAGAUUCACAAGACGUGACGUCCCACACAGGCUCGGGGCAGACGGCGUCCCCAACAGAUUCACAAGACGUGACGUCCCACACAGACUCGGGGCAGACGGCGUCCCCAACCGACGCACAGACCCACACAGACUCGCAAAACUCGGAACAAAUGACAAACACAACUUCACACAUUUCCGACAACGGAGAGAGAGAGACCACAACAUCAUCGAAACCCGCCGAGCCGACGACAACAACUACAAGAACAACAACGACGACGACGACCACGACUACAACAACAACCACAACAACAACAACCACCACUACGACUUCGACAACGACUUCCGCGUCGCCUUCUUCCGGAGAGGCCUCGCUCUCUCCGGACCCUUGCCCUCCGCUCAUUCCAACUGGCAAGACAUCCAAAGACAUCGCCAUAGGGAAUGAACUGUUUACGGUCAACCCUGCGCUUGAGGAAUAUAUGGUCACGUUGCAAGUUCACACGCCUACUGGCUCUGCGGGCGUGUACGUGAUGACGCUAGUCCUGAACAAGCCGCCUACAGGAGGGGCCUGCACGGUGACUCCUCCGGUGGGACGCGUCAUGGUCGACACUUUCCUGGUGGAGUGCCAUGACUGGGACGACCCUGAAGAAGCGGGCAUCGACCAGUACUCCUUCUUCAUGUACGAGCCCACAGACGGAGCCCCCCUCAAGCGGACCAUCGUGGCCACCGCGCAACCCAAGGCGGAGCUCAUUUUGCCUCUGGGGGACUUCACCAUCAUGUGCGAAAUUUGGGACAAAUUUGGCACGUACGCCGAGGUGGUGGUUGGCACGAUUCAGGUGGAGAUGCCGACCCAAGAGGAGGUCGAAGAAUUCAACGCCGCCGAAAAGAUUGAAUAUCUCUCGGCCAUCGGGAACCAGUUCAAGGUCGGGAUGCUCCUGACGGCUCAGUCGUCGGUGCGAGAACACGCUACCUGGCUCUCGCUCGAUAUGGACGCCCUCGGGAAUCUGACGAAGGAGGAGACAGAUCUCAGACUCCGGGAUAUUACUAAGAUGAACAAAGGCGCUCUGCAGACGGCGAUGGGGACCAUGUCCUUCUCAACCCUGAGUCAGCUGAACGUGGGUGCCGGAGUGCUAAGGGCAGCCACAGAGGGCAUCACGAAAUCCGCUGCGGCUUCGAAGACCGUGGACAUGGAGGCUCGGAUAACGGCGCUCGAAUUCCUGGAGAAACUGUCGGCGAGCGUGGAGGACAUCGAGUUGACGUCACCCCAGGACAUGGUUCCUUUCCUGUCCUCGUCCCUGUGCGCCAUGGGCUCUAUCAUGUCGGGCGUGACGGAGAUCCUGUCGGGCAAGACGUCGAUAACGUCCCUCCCACCGACGUCGACGCAGCAAAGAACUGGGAUUACGAAGUGGAUAUCGGCAGUGAUUUUAAUGCUGUUGUUUCAGUGA